AUGUCUUUCCACGAGUCCGCUACCGAUAUCACAGUCGAGGGAAACAUCCUAAAGGCUCAGCUCUCCAACGGUGAGGAGUACCUUGAAGCCGAGUUUGACCUCGACACUGUCAUUGGUGUCAGCGACGGCGCCCUCACUUGGGGUGGCGAGAACUUCUCCGAGUCCUCCGAGGACAUCUCCUUCGGCCUCGAGGGCGAUGACGAGGUUCCCGUCCUCCGAGCCACCAUCAACAACGAGGAUGGCGAGCAAACCUCUUCUGACAUUAAUCUUUCUGAAUACAUCGCCAACAACUGCGGCGAAUUUGAGUACGGUAUGCUAUUCAGUUCUCCAUCUCUACAGACUUGA